UUCGUUCUGACGAUCUGAUCUACGGUGCUGUACGAAGACUUUGGUUAGCCAUGCCACCUAAAGCAAGCGGUAAAGCAGUGAAGAAAGCUGGGAAGGCGCAGAAGAAUAUCAGCAAAACCGAUAAGAAAAAAAAGAGGAAGAGGAAGGAAAGUUACGCCAUUUACAUCUACAAGGUGUUGAAACAAGUACAUCCGGACACUGGAAUCUCCAGCAAAGCUAUGAGCAUCAUGAAUAGCUUUGUCAACGAUGUCUUCGAGCGCAUUGCUGCCGAGGCGUCGCGUUUGGCGCACUACAAUAAAAGAUCAACGAUUACUUCCCGGGAGAUCCAAACUGCUGUUAGGCUUCUGCUACCCGGAGAAUUGGCCAAGCACGCCGUGAGUGAAGGCACCAAGGCUGUUACCAAAUACACCAGCUCUAAGUGAACAAUUUCACUUCGAAAUAAACGGCCCUUCUCAGGGCCACAAUUAUAUCGAUUACGUUUGACAUCCUCGCGCAUGUUUUUUUUUUUUAAAUAAAAAUUAUUACUAUAUACUUCGACAUUAAUCUUGAGAUUAUGUGUAAAAAGAAUUUAACUUCUCAUGAAACUAGAAAUUUGAGAUUGCUUUUUUUUUUUAAUACAUUCGACAAGUUCUUUUAUUAAAUAUCCUUAUAUGUAUAAAAGAUGCACAGAAUUCUCAAUAUUAAAUCGUAUCAAAAAAUUUUUUAGUAAGAAAUAAGAAUUUAUAGCGUAUAGGAAUAAAAAUUAUACAAAAUAAAAUUAUUGAAAAUAAUGCUUAAAACAAAAUGAAUACAUAACAUGUACUUGACAAUUAGAAACGUUAACAACAUAAAAGUGUAGUGAUGUAAAAUCAUAAACGAGAGACGUUUUAGCAAAAAAAAAUAGUAUAGUACAGAUAGAUAUGGAUAUAUAGUUCAAAAAGAGAAGACACAAAAAA